AAUCAUGUGAUAACACGAGGUGUGGCGAAUCGGAAGCAUGUGUCCCGCGGGAAAGCGGUCCGACCUGUGAAUGCAUCAAUGGCACCGUCAGGGUGGCUGGCUCUUGUGUCGCCGCGUGCGACAUCACAAAGAACGAUUGCCAUGUGAAUGCCACUUGCGCCAAGGUUUCUGGAAACGUGGGAGUGUGUAAAUGCAAUGCUGGUUUCCAGUCAGAUGAUGCCUCAUGCCUUGUGUGUGUCGACAACAGUGAUUGCCCCGUGCAUGCUUAUUGUGAAGCUGGUGUGCAGUGUCUUUGUGAAGCUGGCUACCCAUGGAACGGCACCCAUUGCACUGAUCUCUGCAAUCACAUCAACUGUGGCCCCAACUCUUUCUGCAAGGCGGCUAUUUGCGGAUGCAACGACAACUUUAUCAUGUCGCCAACUGGCACUUGCACUGAGAAAUGCACUGUGAACAACUGUGAAGCAAAUGCCUUCUGUUUCAAGAAUGCAACAGGGAGUGACAUGUGUAGCUGCAACGAUGGGUACACCAGGACUCCCAGUGAUGGCUGCGAGGACUCGUGCGUUGUGAAGGGAUGUGGUGCCAACACCACGUGUGUCAAGGGCAAGCGUGACCUGGCAUUCUGCAUCUGCAAGCAGGGCUUCAGAAAUGUGUCUGGAAAUUGCAUUGAAAUCUGCGAUCUCUGUGGUCCCAAUGCUACAUGUGAGACGGACCAGCAGAGUGGAACCAAAACCUGCCGUUGCAACAAUGGUUUCUACAUGCUACCGGAUAACUCCUGUGCUG